AGCCAAGGUGCUUCGCGUUGCUCCGAUAGUUGCCGAUAGGUGCUGUGCAUGUGUGUGUGUGCGUGUGUGUGUGUAUAUAUAUAUUUUUUUUUUUUUUACAUUUACGCGCGAGAGUAUCGAGACAAGAGUGAUCACGUGAAGAAUUGUUCUUCUGAGGCGAGAUCGGUCCUUAUCGUGGAAGUGGCUGUGUGUCUUUCGGAGAUAUACAACGGAUGCUUUCGCCGUCGAUCUCUGGAUCAUCGAUAUACGGGAUCGGAGGAGAUGCGUUUAGCCGUGGGAAAAUUGACGAAGGAAAUAACAUUGUGAAGUUACUCGCCGUUGGCGUUCCUCCAGAUUCUCAAACGGGGGACGCACGCACAUUCAUCAGGAGAGAUGAAUAACUCGCUCCGAUUCUCGUAUCUGACCUGAACGGUGAAAAUAGGGAUUUAUCUGUCCCGUGCCAAUGUAAAUGCUGCAGCUUAUGCAUCGGUUCGAUCUGUUCAGGUGUAACAGCGCGGUAUGCCGACCGACAUCGUAGUUACGUCGGCCACGGCCUCGGCCACGGUCUCAGAGGAGACGAGCAGAGGUCGGGACUUGGGCCUUGGGCCAUCUCCAAGGUCAGGUCCCUCUUCUGCAGCCUCGUCGUCUUCCAGUUCUGGCGCGUCCGCCUCGAGAGGGUUCGAUCCGACCGGCACUCUCAGCGCCUAUCAGCAUCACCGUUUGAUGAGCGGUCUUAGCCAUGCUCAUCACCGGGAAUCGUCCGCCUUCGUGCCUGUGGUGCCUUCGAGAUUACAUCUCCCACCUUAUUCAAGCGAAAUGCACGCCCAUUUGGCCGUACCGCCCCCCUCGUCCUCGUCGUCGUCGAACUCGGAGCACGAGGUCGGCCCGGAGUCCUCGGUGGCCAGGAAGAGUUCUUCGAGUUACGAAAUCAUGGCUAUGAUGGACAAGAGGAAGGAACUGGCGAGAGCCUCCCUACUCAACCCCAUUAUUGCACCUCCUCUCCCACCUCCCGGUUAUCCGGUCUUCGUCGGCUCCUUUCCGGGUGGUUCGGCUCUGUAUCCGCCGGGUAGCGCAUUACCCCAUCAGCAUUUAGAUCGACGGUUACUUCGAGCACCCGGCAGAGCGUCUAGACCGAAGAAACAGUUCAUCUGCAAGUUCUGCAGUCGACACUUUACAAAAUCGUACAACCUUCUCAUUCACGAAAGAACUCACACCGACGAGAGACCGUAUUCUUGCGACAUUUGCGGAAAAGCGUUUAGAAGACAGGAUCAUCUUAGGGAUCAUAGGUACAUACAUAGCAAAGAGAAGCCCUUCAAAUGCAACGAGUGCGGCAAAGGUUUUUGUCAGAGUCGCACUCUCGCGGUCCACAAGAUCCUCCACAUGGAGGAGUCUCCGCACAAGUGUCCCGUCUGUUCGAGAAGCUUCAAUCAGCGCAGCAAUCUAAAGACGCAUUUGUUGACGCACACGGACCACAAGCCCUACGAGUGCACAUCAUGUGGCAAGGUCUUUCGUCGAAAUUGUGAUCUCAGGAGACACGCGCUGACACACGCCGUGGGCGAUGUUCCUCCUGAGGCGUUGGAGGAGGCUCUACGGGACGAAGACAGUCCGGAGGAGGAUUGUCCCGAGGCCGGACCCUCGUCUUCCUCGACGUCGUCGUCCGCGACGUCGUCCGCCGUGCCCUCAGCCGCCUCGAGUUCGUCCGGAUAUCCUCCUCAGGGAUCGUCAGCUCCAACCGCAGCCUCCACCGCCUCGGCGCCGCCUCUGCCCCAGAGACCUCAGCUUCAGAUCAGACGAGACCUGCUGCCCGCUGUGAAAUCGUCGACCGUGACCAGCGGCAGUUCCGGGGCGCAUUCCGUCACCCAGAACCCACCGGCUGCGCUUCCGCCGCCACCGCCGCUCAUCGUGUCUUCGUAUCGGCGAAGAAUCGGCUCGCCAGGUCCUUCCAGAGUGCUUCUGGAGCUUCAGGAGCGCGAACGCGAGAGAGAACGCGAGAUGGAGCAGAACAGAGAGCGGGAACAACGCAACAGGGAACAACGCGACAAAGAAGUGGCCAGACUACCGCGCGCUCCAACUCCGCAGCCACCGCCGCCGCCACCGAGACCCGCUCCAGCACGUCAGGGUUUUACCAUCGCCGAUAUAAUGGGUCGAUAAAUAAGUUGUACGUGUGUAGAUAGUGUCGUUUUGUUUUUUUUUGUGGGGGGAGGGAAACUCAAUUUUCAAAAUCGAGUUUUCAUAGCCAUUUAUAAAUCCAUGUUUUUACUUUACGUCUCAUAUUAUUGUAAGAUUCGACUGGGCCGGAGAUGUUUGUUAAUUAAUUCACUGAUUUAUUUCUUUCCUAAAACAAUCAGUGGAUUCAAUCGAAAGUGCUUUAUAGAUUGUAAAGAUUUUUGUGAAAAAAAAAAAAAAUGAAGUCUUAUAGAAGAGUAAAAAAAACUGAUAUUUUUUAAGAAAAAAUAUAUGAUGAAAAUCUUGUAUAUUUUUAGACUCAAAGAAUUUCGAAGAACUCUCGUAAUAUAUAGUCACAGAGAAUUUUUAUAAACAAAAUAUGAAUAAAACGAAGUUAUUACUUAAUUUUUUUGUAAUAUCGAGAAGUGGGUUCUCGAGAAUGAAAUAGUGAUGAUAAAAACGUGGCAGCAAAAAUGUGCCUUAAUCCGAAGUGAACUUCUUUUUCGUGCCACAGCGAGGAAAAAGAAUUUCCUCGUGAGCAAAAUCCAUUUCGAUCACAAUGCGACAAUAAAGAAAAGAAUUCCAGAAGGUAUUAUCGAAGCAACGGGUCGCUCGCGAGGUAGUAUUCAAUUUUCGCUGCGUCAUCGCGUGCAUUUUUCAAUAUAUACUUCAAUUCCGCAUUCGAGUGAACUUAACGAUUUAUUUCACUUUGUAACAACAAUGGAAAGGAAACGCGCUCAGAUCGAAAAUUCUCUCACAAGCCACUCUCGUGGCUCGCAUCACACCUCAGCAAGUUUUCGUGUUUCUCGUAAAAAAGACAAAUAUCCUUUCUUCCAAAGCCGGUUUCCGUAAAACCCGUAAAAUUUCGAUGAUUUUGCGUGACAGUCAAUUUUCUAAUGUGCGCUUAACUAACGGUCGUCACAAAGCUACCAGAGAACGGUUCUUUGUUUUCUCAUGGCGGAUGGGACAAUGCAAAUUCGCGCGGUCGGGGGGUGCACAGCAGCGACUUAACCUGCGCCCCCCGCCUGUGGCAGGUGCAGUACAAAAACACUUUUAUACCUGCCAGAUCCGUGCGCAAAAUACCUGCUGUCGCUACCGCAUUUUCUCUCCGCUAAGAUAUUCCGACCCUAGACACAAAUGCCAUCGGGUUUUUUUUUCUCCUUCUUCCCUCGUUCCUGCUCCUGUUGCGAGAAAGAAGCUCUAACGGUUCCUUUGUGAGACUCAAAGCGUAUACGUGCCGACCGACACGGGACGAUUUCUUAGGUCUGCGCGUUAGCACAUAUUUUUUUUUUUUUUUUCAAGAGACAGAGAGAAACAUUAUAUGAAUUUUAAAGAAGUGUAAUUGGAACACGCGGGGAUGAGAAUCUCGAAAAUUUCGCAUUUGCGUCUCUCUAGUUCGUCUUUUAGUGAUCGAAUCAUUUGUUUUUAUUCUUUGUUUCUUCCCCGACGGGAGAAUAUAAUUCUCAAAAAUAUUAUAUACAAACAAUGUGAAAGUCUAGUGUAAAAAACAUCUUUUUACAACAAAGAAAUUUUCAAACGAAGAAUUGUAUAUGAGACUUUGUGUAAUGUUUUGUAUGUAACAACCGCAAUAUAUAUAUAUUUACAGUUUUUCCUCGAUGUAGAUUUUACAAAUUGUUUGAAGAUGUCUGAUCGAGCUCGUGUGUUGAGAAAUUUCACAUAUGCGUAAUGGAACUACAAAAUUAUGUAACGUCAUAUGAAAAUACGCAUUUUAUUCGAAGUGUAAUUAUAUAUAAGUAUAUGUAAAAGUAUAAGUAUAUAUAAUUAUAUAAGAAAUCGCACGUGUAUAAGUGUAUAUAGAUAUACGCAAUUGUAUGUUGUUGUACGAACAAAAGUGAUAUUUUUACCUGAUUUUUUUUAUAUGACGUUAUAUAGUUUUGCACAAUAUUAAAUAUACAUGUACAAUUUUUUAACGCGGGAGCGCACUGUUUGUGUAAUAUUUAUCAAUUAGUAAAACGCGAUCAUAAAGUAAUUAGCAAGGAUUGUUACAACGUGUC